UGGGGUAGAGCAAUUUUACAGCUUAUCAGUUUAUUGAGGUUGCAGCUGGGAGUUGCUCACUGUCAGUGCCCCAAAGUGAGCAUGCAAGAUUUCAAAUCAAAUAACCUGAAAGGGCUAAAACUCAGAAAAACAUGCCUAGCUCGGCACUGAGUGUUGGCAGAAGACAAUCCAGGCUCCUCAAGAUGCAGACGCCUCGUUCUGUUGGAAAUACCAUGUUUUGGCGUGUUUGUUAUUCAGCCUCUCCAAGUGUGAAAAUGCCCCCACGGAAGGGAAUUUUGGCAAAGUGCAAGAUCCCCUUGGGGAAAAAUAAAUAAAUAAAAAUAUCUUUUGGUCCAGCUUUGUUCUCAUUUUCUUCCCCAGCCUCCAGAGACAGGAAUGAAUCAGGAGCUGUAAGGAGGAAAGUGUUGGAGGCCAUGCUGGGCUGGGUGCAAGGCACACUACCCAGUGAGGAGGCUCUGAGACUGCUGCUUAAAGCCGAGCUGAAACCUCGCGCAUCGUGCUCGUGAAUGUGCAUCUCCAGGUUUAAUACGUGACCAGCUUUUCCCUGGGCCAAGAGUUCUGCGUUGUCAGACAUCCUCACCUCCCCCCUCCCGGUGCUAGGCCUGGCGCUUUCCCCUUCGCCGACCCGUUCUGCGGCGCCGUGAGACGCAGAGCGUUACCGGGUAACGGCAAUAUGGCGUCCACCCCCACAGCGGGCGCAGGGGAGCAAGGAGGGGACGUGGAGGAAGGCGGCAGAGGGCUGGGGAGGAGGCGCUCACCUCCCAUCUCCUCUCUGUCUGCCUUCAGCUACAUCCCGCCCCGGCGGGAGGGCCCUGCGGAGCUCAGCUACUUCCACCGGGUGGCCCAGACAGGAGGGGUUUCCACUUAUGAUUCCAUAUUUAAAAGACCAGAGGGUUACAACGAAAAACUUCACCGAUGCGACAGAGAACAUGCAAGGAGCCGUGGUCUUAACAUUAAUGAUGAGGAAAUGGCAAGACCUGUCGCUGUUUUGUCAUCUUCAGAGUAUGGGAGACACAGAAGUAAGCACACAGAGCAGCUGAUCCGAAGUCAUGCAAGGAUUAAUUGUGUGCAGGCAGAAUUCUACAGGAAAAAUGGCAUCACCUGCUUAUUGGAAAAACCUUCUCCAAGACUGGAUCCAUGCUAAAAUCUCUUAUAGCUGACACUGCCAGCAAUAUUUGUGUGCAAAGAAACAAGUCAAAAUGCAGAAUAGUGCUUCUGCCUUUUCUUUUGAGUUUUCGUUAAUGAAAAUGAUUUAUAUGAAAUAACUGCACUUUUCCUCACGCUGAUUCAAAUCUAUGUUUUCUCC